AUGCCGGAGCUGACUUCGAAGGGUGUUAUUACUUCCAAGAAGGGCUUUAAGAAAGCUGUAGUGAAGACGCAGAAGAAAGAAGGGAAGAAGCGCAAGAAGACUCGCAAGGAGAGUUACUCAAUUUACAUUUAUAAGGUGUUGAAGCAGGUGCACCCCGACACGGGCAUCUCAGCCAAGGCCAUGAGCAUCAUGAACUCGUUCGUUACUGACAUCUUCGAACGUGUCGCAGCUGAGGCGUCGCGCCUGGCGCACUACAACAAGCGCUCGACCAUCACGUCGCGGGAGAUCCAGACGGCCGUGCGCCUGCUGCUGCCCGGGGAGCUGGCCAAGCACGCCGUGUCCGAGGGCACCAAGGCCGUCACCAAGUACACUAGCUCCAAGUAAAUAGUUCAGCCACCAGAUG